AAGGCACGUGUGGAAUAAUAUCUCCACGUGCGUAUAGAAAAUCAUCAAUAUUUCCGCCCUGAAACACAGAAAGAAACCCCCCUGGGCCAAUUUCGCGGUGGAGAGAGAGAGAGAGAGAAUGGGCAUAACGAUAUCGUCGUCGAGGAACAGAGUCAAGUCCGCAGUCUCGAAGUCGCCGGAGUUCGACUCAGCCUGCGACUCCGCCUUCGCUCACUGCCUCUCCCUCACUCAGCACUCCUUCCCCGGCGUCUUCCCCUACCAGCUCCCCGCAGCCUCCGCCCACCUCCACCGCUCUCUCUCCUCCUCCCUCCCCCUCGUCCGCCGCUGGGUCCCCUCCCCGCCCUCCCGCUCCCAGAUCGAUUCGGCCCUCCGCCUCGUCCUCCACCAGACUCGCCCUCCUCCUCCCCUCCCCGACGGUACCCAGAUCCUCGGCCAGGCCGAGUUCAAGCAGUGGGCGGCUGAGCUCUUCGGCGCGGCUGUCGUGGAGAACGCCGGCAAGGCGGUCCUGACCCGAGUCCCCGUCGGGAUCGCGGGGAUCGCCGGGCUGGGGCUCGUGACCCGAUCAGGGAAGGAGCUGGUCGGGUCCGCGAUUGGGGUCUACGCGCUCGGGGUCGCCACUUCUAUCUAUCUCAGCUUGUCUGGUUAGGGAUUUUAUUUCCCCCGUUUUCCUUCCCCCCCACCACCACAAACAAUCCAUUAUUUUCCAUCCAGUACUAAUGCUAUUAAAUAUAAAUGCAUAUAAUAAUAUUAAGUAAUUUUUUUGUUGGGUGAAAGUAAGUAAAUUAUUAUUUUGACAUUAUUGUUGUCGUUAAUACUUAUUUAAUUUCUGUA